ACAAUGAAACUAGCAAUGCAUCGAUACGUGGCUACAGUUGCCUUUUUUGCUGCGUCCGUGUGCGCAGAUCUAGUGGUCGACCUUCCGGACGGCAGUAUUCGCGGCUCUGAAAUCAAAGCCGAAAAUUACAGUUACUACGCUUUUCGAGGAAUUCCAUUCGCAGCACCUCCACUAGGAGAGCUGCGUUUCCAGGCCCCCGUACCGAACGAGCCAUGGGAAGGAGUUUUAAAUGCAACGGCAACAAAAAGCUGUUGCAUACCGAUGUCUGUUGGUGGAAAUGGAGAUGACGUGAGCGAAGAUUGUCUGUUUAUUAACGUUUUUACUCCUGCACGUAACAUUACGGAAAAAUUGCCGGUCAUGUUCUCGAUAUUUGGGGGAGGAUUCUCAAUCGGGUGCGCCUCAGAUCGUAUUUACGGACCAUAUCCCCUUGUUAACGAAGAUGUCAUAUUGGUGACGGCCAACUAUCGUUUAGGAAUAUUUGGUUUUCUAUCUACCGAGGACAGCGUAGUUUUGGGUAACGCCGGAAUUAAAGACCAGCUGCUAGCUAUGCAAUGGACGCAGAAAAACAUCGAAUAUUUCGGUGGCGAUCCCGAAAAAGUUACCAUAUUUGGAGAAAGUGCCGGCGGUAUGUCCGUUGGUGUCCACAUUGCUAACAAAAAAUCGGAAGGCUUGUACAGGGCAGCGAUAUGCCAGAGUGGUUGUUCUUUAGUGAACCUAACCCAGACUCAGCCAGACAGUCCUAGGAAGGCAGCUUACGAUAUUGCAAGAUCUGUAAACCCACUCAUUUCUGCUACGAGUACAACGGAGGAAGUCAGAGAUUUCCUGCAAAGCCUUCCGGCCGAUACAUUGGUGCAGGCAUUCCAAGCGAAUCCUCAAACCGGACCGGUAAUCGAAGUACCAGACGAAGACGCGUACAUCACGGAUCUUAGCUUCGGGCUUUUGGAAACAGGCAAUUUCAACCAAGUUCCUGUCAUAAUCGGUACCAAUUCGGCGGAAUCACUUCCUUUUGUAGCUCUGACACGCGGAUUGCUUCUUUUGAGUGCUCUAUUGCACGAUACGGUUCCGUCAACAGUUGUACCUCCAAAUCUGGGACCUCUGACUUCUGUUGAACAAGACGAAGUAGUAGCUUUGAUAAAAAAAGCAUACACUGGCGGUUUACCGUUUCUUGCAAAUCUCGCUGGAUUUAUUGAGUACACUAGCGAUUAUAUGUUUGUGAAAUCGUCCCUGAAGCAAGCUGAAGUUCAGUCCAGCUAUACACCCGUAUAUUUUUAUGAGCUCUCCUUCAGCGGUAACAACGAAAUUCUUCAUCCCACUAUUGUAGAAGGCGCCGGAAAAACCGGUCAUGGCGAAGACAUAUUCUACCUUUUUGAUAUGCAAGAUUUUCCGCUGACUUCGUACGAAGAAUUCCGAACCAGAAGUAGAAUGACCAGACUUUGGGCCAAUUUCGCGAAAACUUUGAAUCCGACUCCGGAUCCGUCAGAUCCUGUGCUCAACAUAACUUGGCCUCAAGUUUCCGGGUCGAUUAUCCCGUACCUGAACAUAAACGAUACUCUAGAAAUAAAACCCGGCAAAAAGCAAAAAGAAAUGGCAAUGUGGGACUAUGUUUACUACAAUUACGGACAGCAACCGUUUAGGGGAUUCUGUUUUCUAUUUAUUUCAUUGGCGCGUUCAGACCUUAUCGUCGAGCUGCCAGAUGGAACAAUUAGCGGAACCCAAGUCACUACUGAAUAUUACAGCUUUAACGCCUACCGUGGAAUUCCAUUUGCCAAGCCACCAUUAGGAUCAUUGAGAUUCCAGGGACCGGUACCCAAUGACCCGUGGAACGGUACAUUAGACGCUACUGAAGUAAAAUCUUGCUGCAUUGAUUUGUUUGGAUCUGGAUCACAAAGCGAGGAUUGCUUAUAUCUUAAUGUUUAUACCCCAUCUCGAAACUUUACAGAAAAACUGCCGGUUAUGUUCUGGAUAUACGGUGGGGGAUUCACAAGUGGUUGUGCUACUGAGACCACCUUUGGUCCCUUCCCACUAGUAAACGAAGACGUUAUAGUGGUCACAUCGAACUACCGGCUUGGUGUAUAUGGUUUCCUGUCCACUCAAGACGACGCUGUUUUGGGCAACGCGGCCUUCAAGGAUCAACUGCUCGCCAUGAAAUGGACGAAUAAAAACAUUGAAUAUUUCGGUGGGGACCCGGAAAAAGUCACCAUUUUUGGCCAAAGCGCCGGAGGAAUGUCUGUCGGUGCACAUCUUGCAAAUAAAAAAUCAGCUGGGUUGUACAGAGCGGCAAUUUGCCAAAGCGGCUGCUCUUUGUCUCAUUUUAUCAUGACCACCCAACCAGAUCCAAGAAAGGGUGCCUACGAUAUUGCUAAAGCAAUAGAUCCGACCAUUACUGACCAGAAUACCACGUACGAGAUACGAGACUUUCUCCAAAGUCAAUCUACAGAUGUGAUCAACAAAGCAUUUACCGCCAAUCCAUCGACGGGACCAGUCAUUGAAGCAGAUAACGAAGACGCGUACGUAACCGAAUACAGUUUCGAUAACAUAGCAUCCGGAAACUUUAACCAAGUUCCCACAAUCAUAGGAACAACAUCAGCAGAGUCUCUUACGUAUCUGGCAUUACCGCAAUUGGUUCAAGCUGUAGCUAUUUUUUACGACUUGGAUAACGCCGUAUUAUUACCUUCGAACCUCACACCUCAGCCAGGGGCAAACGUGCAGGAAAUUGCGAACAAAAUCAAACUAGCUUACACAGGCGGUGGCUCAUUUCUCUUCAAUCUCGCAGCAGUUGUAGAGUACACCAGCGAUAACUUGUUCGUAAGGUCAUCUCUCAAGCAAGCUCAACUUCAAUCCAACUACACACCGGUCUAUUUUUAUCAAUUUUCAUUUUCGGGAAACAUUGGUCUACUGCACACUAAAAUUCCGGGCACUGGCAGUGUAGGACAUGCCGAAGAUAUAGUUUACCUCUUUAACUCGACAUUGCCCCUGAGCACAGCUGACGAAUUCCAAACCAGGAACAGAUUAGUGAGACUUUGGGCCAACUUCGCGAAGACCCUGGAUCCUACUCCGGAUGAAUCGGAUCCGCUGAUCAACUUAAAGUGGCCUCAAGUAUCGGGAUCCUUUAUUCCGUACCUAGAUAUCGAUAAAGAUCUUGAAGUGAAACUCGGCAAGAAGGUUAUUGAAAUGGCGGUUUGGAACGACGUUUACUACAAUUAUGGAGAGCAGCCUUUUGUCGGAUUCUAGAUUCAAUGUUGGUUUUUGAAAUGAAGCAAUUCAUUCGAUAUAUUUCUUAAGAUCAAUAGAAAUAAAAUUUAAACAAAUUAA